GUGUACCCGAGACGGUGUUUCUUUUAACGCGAGACGCUUUUAUUUUGUCGCUAUUCUCGAGAGCAUUUGCAUUGGUAGAUCACCUUACACGGAGGGUUGUACCAAACCAGGAGAGGGAAACUGUACCCAGCACCCAGCUGUAAUGAUAGAUCAUUCGAAAAGCUCCACAAUCAACAUAUUUCGUCCUUCGAGUUCGAACCGCAGUCCAGUUUCAGUUUUUACCUCACGUCCUUCGAGUUCUUCUUCGGUCUCGUUUACGUACGUAGAUAUCGCACUUCGAAUCAUGUAUUCGUCUUUAUCGAUUUUAUUUUUCGUGAUUUUCUUCUGCUGCGUCGCAAAUUCUUCGGCAGAAGCUCCCGAUCCUGAAAUUGUAAUAGAGUCAUGGGCCGAGCAAGCUUACAAUUGGUUUAUCGGGCAGAACUGCAGCCAGAUCAAUAACACUGUCCAGGAGACUUGCACUUCGAUGAAAUUAGUCAAGAAAAUGAAUUAUCGUAUUUAUGGUACUACGCCUGUGUUGGGGCAGAAAUUCGCGGCCGUGUAUCCUGACGGUGAUUCGAAAAAUAAAACGUAUUUUGAUGGCGUUCUUGUCUUGGAUCCGUUUCCGGAGGCUAGAUUUGGACAUCCGAUUUUGGUAUUCUACGUCAAUAUUUUCAACAGAUCUGCAGGAUGCGAUGAAACGAAAGGAGUUCUUGUCGAUGAUCAAUAUUGCCUGCAAUUCUGGACGAGAAAUCAAUGCAAUCGUACCGCACCUAAACGUGGAAUUAGAUACAAAGCAGGUGCAAUUCUUGGACCAAAUUGCGGUGAAAUAGUGUUUUUACCAAUGGUGCAUUUGCAAUCCGAACCAGCCAUUCAAGCUAAUAAUAAAUUACGAUGUUUUUCAAACUUGAAAGAAUUUAAUCGACGUUGCCCUGAUUUACGUGCCCACGAUAGAUCGAUUCGAGUCGCGUGUCAUCCGCUCUUAAAUAACGAUAAAAAUUGCGGAUUUUACGAUAACACGUUCGAUGGCAGAUGCUCGACGUCUCAGACGUGUGAUCACGCUGUGCUCCUAUCCGGCGGAUGGAAUCGACAAUUCAGCGAUGUAUCGACCUGGAACAACGUCCAGAACGUUAAAAACCUACUCAUGUCUCACGGAUUUUUGGAUAACAACAUCGGAAUAUUUUUCGCAAACGGACCCAAACAUUCGGGUAGAAAACACAGCCCGAAUCGCUAUAACAGCGACGAAGACAGCGAUGAAAGCGAAGAAAUAGAAACCGAGAGAUAUUUUUCGUCAUCAUUGAAAGAUAGACUGAGAAAUCACAUUAAGAUUCUUUGUGAUACCGAAUACUGCGCUGAUACAUUGUUGAUUUAUUUGAAUAGUCCAACUAGAUCAGAUGGUUCGUCAUUAUUAUGGGAUUACUUCGAUGAUGGAAUGUAUGCAGAAGAAGAAUUAUACACGCCUAAAGAACUAUUCAGAGAUAUCUACAGGUGUAAAGCAAACAGAGUUGUAAUCCUUGCCGAUCAAAAUUAUGGAAAUGCGCUGGUAACUGCAGCCGAAGCCAGAUUUAUUCAUUUGCAGAAUGUAAUGAUCUUCACUUCUUAUGAUGACUAUAAUCGUAAUGCUGAAAAGAGCAAAGAUCCAUUAACCGAACAAUUACUCAGAGAGAAAUAUUUUGACGUUUGCUUGAACGAUUUCAGAAAUGUGUUCUAUAAAUCGCACAAAUCAUCUCAAUUUAUCGGAUACAAAAUGAAUUUAUUGAAUUCGACUCUGGUAGGCGCUCCUUGUACUGCAAAAGCAACAUCUCUGAAUGAUCCAGAAGCAAGAAAAUACCGAGGAUGCAGUCUAGCUCCGCUGGUCUGACUAAUUUCAUUUUUUUAUAAAUAAAAAAUAAAGUCUUACUAACGGUCAUCGAGUGAUUGAUUGAUUGUUCCGUUAUUAUGACAAAAUGUACAGUGUGCGAGUUACCGUAUAUAUAAUAAGAAUUUAUGCAAAACGUAUUGUCUAUUUUGGGUCUGCGAUCUGUGUACCCAUUUUAUUAAUUUUGUAUUAGCCUAAGUAAUUUUUUAACGUUUCAAUAACGAUGAAUAUUAUAUGAUACAAUUUAUGAAACCAAUGAUAAUUCUACGAAAUCAUAAUCCUUUUACAUUAAUAAGGUUAUUAUAAUAAUAGACAUUCCUAGUUGUAAAUAAUAAUGUACAUUAGCAUUUUGUAAGUUGAAGAUUAAAAUUUUUUUGAACAUA